CUCAGUGCUUCCCCUCAUCUCUACCCAAGACACUCUAAGUGGGCCUUCGGCUGGGAGACGUGGACCCAUUGGUUCCAUCGAUAAGCUCCUCGUCCGUUACCCCAGAUUGAUACCAGAUAACAUGACAUUGACCAGCGGCUUAUCACCGGAGGUUUGCGAGUGAAAGCCCAUGCGCCAAGUUGAUAAAAGAAACUCGCCUCGUUGUGCUUCCGAUGGGAUCGGAUGACGGGCUUUCGGAAUGAGCUGGCAUCCCUUAAAAGGAGACAGCUGUCGCCAGAUUGAAAUUUCUCCGACGACUACUAACAACUGCUCCCUUCUUCCCCGCUGCUGCGGUCACCAAAUCAACCCUCCUUUCUGAGCCAGGUUCAACAUGGCGGAUGAGAAGACUGAGAAGUCCCCCCCACCGAUGACGGUGGAUGAGGAGACUGGCACAACAGAGAAAAUUGACCCGACAAUUGCGGAGCACGCGAAGGAUGCAGACGAGGCACUGGCGGUUUUUGAAGACCUCCAUGGUGAAGUUAUCACACUCGAUGAGGAGACAAACAAAAGGAUACUUCGGAUAAUCGAUUGGCACAUCAUGCCGAUCAUGUGUCUUGUCUAUGGAAUGAAUUUCUUAGACAAGACAACAUUAUCCUAUGCUAGUAUUAUGGGCAUCAAGACAGAUUUGAACCUCGUCGGCGACGAUUACCAAUGGCUUGGCAGUCUGUUUUAUUUCGGCUACCUGGCAUGGGAAUACCCGACCAACCGGCUGCUCCAGAGACUUCCACUAGGAAAGUACUCUGCCGCUUGCAUUAUCAUCUGGGGAGCGAUCCUAUGCUGUUUUGCCGCAGUGAAUAACUUCUCUGGCGCCAUUGCCAUUCGAUUCUUUCUCGGUGUCUUUGAAGCGUCUGUCACCCCCGGUUUUGCUUUGCUGACCUCUCAGUGGUAUACCAAAGCAGAGCAAGGCAGUCGAGUCAACAUCUGGUUCAGCUUCAACGGAUGGGGUCAGAUUUUUGGUGGCUUGGUUGCGUAUGGUAUCGCCGUCGGGACCGACCGCCAUGGCUCUUCCAUUGAGCCUUGGAAGAUUAUUUUCCUUGUUACUGGCCUUUUGACUGUUUGUCUGGGACUGAUCUUCCUCUGGGUCGUUCCAGACAAUCAGCUCAACGCUAGAUGGCUCAAGAAGGAAGACCGCGUCCUUGCCCUUGCGCGUGUGCGUGUCAAUCAGCAAGGAAUCGGAAACAAGCAUUUCAAGAUUCACCAAGUGAAGGAAGCUUUGCUAGACCCUAUGACAUGGGCCUUCUUCUUCUAUGCCCUUAUCGCUGAUAUCCCCAACGGCGGCAUUACGAACUUCUUCAGCCAAUUGAUCACUAGCUUCGGAUACACGGAAGAACAGAGUCUUAUCUACGGUGUCCCCGCCGGUGCCAUCGAAGUCAUCUCCCUGCUCGGAAGCGGCUUCCUCGGACAGUACACCAACCAACGGCUGCUCUGCAGCACGGGCGGUCUCAUAGCCUCCAUUAUCGGCAUGAUACUCGUUGUUGCACUCCCUCUUACGAAUAACGUUGGUCGGUUACUAGGCUACUACAUGACGCUGGCAAGCGCCACGCCGUUUGUGGCACUGCUCGCCAUGAUUUCGUCAAAUGUAGCUGGCUACACGAAGAAGACGACUGUUGCGGCAAUCUACCUCAUUGGAUACUGUGCAGGAAACAUUAUCGGCCCUCAAGUCUUCCGUCCCCAAGACGCACCACGCUAUGUUCCUGCAGAAAUUACCAUCAUCGUUUGCUGGGGCGUCUGUCUGUUCAUUCUCGCGUUCAUCUGGUGGUGGUACCGUGUACAGAACGAGAAGAAGGCACGUAUCCGUGCAAGCCCUGGGUACGCGCCGAUGGAGAACCAAGAAUGGAUGGAUCUUACCGAUUGGGAGAACCACGAACUUGUCUAUGUUCUGUGAGAAUAGCUGAAUUACUUUCGUCCAAGGCCUGGUGCCUGCUAAUACCAUAUUUGCUGAUCACAAUGUUCUUUUGUGAUGAUGUAUUCCCCUUUAGUCAAGUACAUAGUAGCUAUGAUGAU